AAUCCUUGUGAUGACAAACGACACAGAGAUAUCUGGUCAAAAGAAAAAACUUGUGAUCGUUUACCAAAAUUCCUGGUUAUUGGACCACAAAAAACUGGCACAACGGCUUUAUAUUUGUUCCUGAUUAUGCAUCCUUCCAUCAUCAGUAACUCCCCCAGCCCCAAAACCUUUGAGGAGGUACAGUUCUUUAAUAGAAAUAACUACCACAGGGGGAUUGAUUGGUAUAUGGAAUUUUUUCCUACACCGUCCAAUGUAACCACUGAUUUUCUCUUUGAGAAGAGUGCCAAUUAUUUUCAUUCGGAAGACGCCCCUAAACGAGUUGCUUCUUUAAUUCCUAAGGCAAAAAUCAUAACUAUUCUCAUUGAUCCAUCAGACCGAGCAUAUUCCUGGUAUCAGCAUCAAAGAUUUCACAAAGACCCAGCUGCUCUAAAAUUUACAUUUUACCAAGUGAUCACUGCAGGACACCAUGCUUCGUCAGAACUUAAGUUGCUGCAGAAGAAAUGUCUGAUACCUGGAUGGUAUUCCAUUCACCUAGAAAGAUGGUUAACUUAUUUCCCAUCUUAUCAGUUACUAAUUAUCGAUGGACAGCAGUUAAGAAAUGACCCAGCUAUAGUAAUGGAAGAAGUGCAGAAGUUUCUGGGAGUUACUCCUCAUUACAAUUAUUCGGAAGCUCUAAC